AGUAGGACUAUGGAGGAGCUGGUUCACGAUCUAGUCUCAGCACUGGAAGAAAGUUCAGAGCAAGCCAGAGGAGGUUUUGCUGAUACUGGAGAUCAUUCUCGAAGUGUGUCUUGUCUUCUAAAGCGACAGGCAAGGAAAAGGAGGGGACGAAAAAGACGUUCAUUUACCACCCAUCAUCCCUGGGAGACUGGUCACUGCUUAAGUGAAGGUUCUGAUUCCAGUUUAGAAGAAUCAAACAAAGACUACAGGGAGAACCAUGCUAGUAAGAAAGACCACAGUGACUCUGAUGACCAGUUGUUGGUUGCUAAACGUAGGCCUUCCUCAAACUUAAAUAACAUUAGAGGCAAAAGACCCCUGUGGCAUGAACCAGAUUUGGCUGUUGACAGUUUGGGAAACAGAACUUUGCGCAGGAGAAGAAAGGUAAAACGGAUGGCAAUAGAUCUGCCAUCAGAAGUCUCUAAUGCACUGACAAUAACUCAACAGCAGGAUAACAGCAGAGAUCAAGAAAUGGACAAUGACAAUAAAUCAUACCAACACCAAGAGUUUUCUAAGAGCAAAGUAAAAAAAAGAAAAGUGGCUGCAGCUCGACAAGGACCUGAAAUCUUGGAUGAAGGAGUAGUUAUAGAAAAUGAAGAAGUGAACCAAGCAAAUAAGGACAAAAUGGAAUAUGAGGAGCAAAAAGGCUCAGAUGAGAACAUGAGUGACAGUGAAUCCAGCAGUCUGAGCAGCAGUGAUGCUGGUUUGUUUACCAAUGAUGAGGGAAGACAAGGUGAUGAUGAGCAGAGUGAUUGGUUUCACGAAAAUGAAUCUGGUGGAGCAUGUGGAAUUACGGGGGUCAUUCCAUGGUGGGAACAAGAAGACUCGACAGAACUGGAGAGAGAAUUGCCUGAUCCAGUCUUUGAAAGUAUCUUAACCGGUACUUUCCCUCUUAUGUCCCGUUCAGGGAGGAGAGGUUUCCAGGGUAGAUUUAGUCAUCUUCAUGGAAUGCCAGCAAGAAACAUAAAAAAGGCUUCAGGAAACCAGAAUGCAUUGAUGACUCCAGGACCAGGCGGUAGCAGGAAAACGGUUCACUUGUCUCAGGAUUCUCUUCACCAUGACCACUGGUUUAGCCCUGGGGCUAGGAAGGAACAUAGCCAGCUUCAACUCUUGCGAGAUAACCGAUCGGAGAGAGGACACAAGAAGAACAGCUCUGUAAAAACAGCUAGCAGGCAAACCAGUGUACAUUUAGGAUCAUUGUGCAUGGGAGACAUCAAACGGAGAAGGAAAGCUGCUCCCCUGCCAGGACCCACAGGGUUUGUAGGUGAAACCACCCAACCAAUCCCAGAAAACAACAUUGGAAACAGAAUGCUUCAGAGUAUGGGCUGGACCCCUGGCACGGGCCUUGGACCAGACGGCAAAGGGAUAGCAGAGCCAAUACGAGCAAUCCAGAGACCAAAAGGACUCGGACUUGGAUUUAGCUGACAGAAAUGCACUCUGGCUGCCCGAUAAAAAGAAAGCUCAAAAUUAAUUUUAAAAGACAAAAAAAAAAAAAAAAAAAAGUAAGGCAAACAUAUUAUUUGUUGUGAUCGGCAAAUCCAGUUAUUCUUCUCUCAAAGAUCACUGAAGUCAAUGUGCUUCACAUUAGCUACACCAGCUGCGAGGUACAGCCACAGUGACAAAACCGACAUUCAAGUCUAACUUUAUAAUGGUGCUAAAAUGUACAAAAACUUCUACUUUUUUAUUUUCUGUGGUCUUAAAGUUUGUAUUAACCAUAAAAUUCAGUAUAUUCACUUUUUUCAUAAAAGCUUCUGACACAGCAGGUUUUAGUAUAUAAGCAAAUUUUUUUUUUUGUAAGUAUAAUUUCAUCUCGAGAGUCUUGAUAAGAUUUGUCGAGGAAAACGGAACU